UGAUAGAUACAUACAUAUAUACAUACAAACAUAUGCAAUGAAGAACAUUCUUAAGGUUCUCGUUUAUGUCACGUUCCUGGUGUGCCUUCUGCCGGCCGGCGACGGCAAAAAGCACCGGAAACACUCCAAGCAGCCAAAGCGCAGCCCUCCUCCUCCUCCACCACCGCCGCCGGUGGUUCCUACCCCCGGCGGCGGCGCUUCCUUAAGUGUGAGAAGCUACGGAGCAAAAGGGGAUGGAGUUUCCGACGACACGAAUGCGUUCGCGGCGGCGUGGGCAGAUGCUUGCACCGGAAAAGGAUCCACGGUGGUGGUUCCGGCGGGGUUCGUGUUUCUGGUCAGGCAGGUUUCCUUCUCCGGCCGGGGCUGCUCGCACAGUCUUGUCUUCCAGGUAGAUGGGAAUAUAAUAGCUCCAACCAAGUCUGGAUCAUGGAAAUCAGGUCUGGUGCAGUGGCUAGAAUUUACAGAGCUCAGAGGAAUCACAAUCCAGGGCAAAGGAACAAUCGACGGCCGCGGAUCCGUCUGGUGGGGCGGCGCCGCCGCCGGAAAAAUGCCUAGCACAAAGCCCACAGCGGUUCGGUUCUACGGGAGCACAGACAUAACCGUUACAGGUGUGAAAAUACAAAACAGCCCUCAGACGCACCUGAAGUUCGACAGCUGUCAAGACGUCCAUGUGUACGGCAUCAGCGUUUCGUCCCCUGGAGACAGCCCCAACACCGACGGAAUCCACCUCCAGAAUUCCCAAAAUGUCCUCAUCCACACUGCAUCUCUUUCCUGCGGAGACGACUGCAUCUCGAUACAGACAGGGUGCUCAGGCGUGUACGUCCACAACGUCAACUGCGGGCCGGGCCACGGGAUCAGCAUCGGCGGGCUGGGAAAGGACGGCACGAGGGCGUGCGUGUCCAACGUGACGGUCCGUGACACGGCCAUGCAGGGCACCAUGACGGGCGUCCGGAUCAAGACGUGGCAGGGCGGGUCGGGCCUCGUGCAGGGGAUCAUCUUCGCCAACAUACAGGUGGCCCAGGUCGUCACGCCCAUUCAGAUCGACCAGUACUAUUGCAACUCCCACUCCUGCCGGAACAAGACCUCCGCCGUCGCCGUCGCCGGCGUCGCCUACCAGAACAUUCAGGGCACCUACACCGGCGCCAGUCCCGUGCGCCUCGCGUGCAGCGACUCCCACCCCUGCGCCGGAAUUACCAUGGCCGGCAUAAACCUGACGCCGGCCGCCGGAAAGGCCGCCGAUGACGACGAGGGGCCCUUCUGCUGGAAGGCGUACGGGACGCUGCAGACCGCGACGGUGCCGCGGAUCGGUUGUCUGCUGCCGGAGAAGAAACCCCCGGCGGCCGCCGGCGGUUUUAGUUCGUGUUGAUUUGUAUGUAUUCUGUACGGUGUAUUUGUGGCUUGUGAGGGUUGUGCUGUACUAUAAUGUUAGAAUUAAUGAUUUUUAGUAGUAGUAGUAUACAUCUCCCGGUAGGUAUAGCCGUAUA